AUGGUUGCAGGGGAGUUAGCUUUUACAGCAGAAUGGAGUCCAGUUGAUUCUAACUUGGAUAGGGAUUCCAACGAUAUAAGAGUUGAAAGGAUUACUGUAAAUAGGAGCAGGUGUAUAAACCCAACAUUGGUAAAUUCAUUUUUAAGUAUGUUAAGGCAUAAAAGUGAUGAUAUAAUUAAGCAAAGGCUGUAUGCGUAUGCAACAUUUUAUGAAGAUAGCGGUAUCGGUAGUAACAGUCAAAAAAUAAAUAGUAAUAGCAUUAGAGAAGUAAGUUGUAAUAAAUUUCUCGAGAAAGAGUUAUAUCCAAACUGGAAGAUUAGAAACAAUAUUAUUAAAUUUUGUGAUAAUGAAGCUAAAAAGAUGAAAGAAGAGAUUGAUUUAAAAAAUGGCAGCGGUAGCAGUGCUGGCAUUAAUACGAAAAAAGUUGUAGAAGCUACGAUUGAUCCCUAUGCUGCGAGAGAUUUCCAAGAAGAAGAAAAAUCUAAAUACAAAGAAUUAAAUAAUUUAAUUAAAUGGGUUGAAAACAACAAUUAUAUUGAAUCAAUACUUCAAAACAAUACAAAUUCUAUACUACAACAAAAUUGUAACGAAGAUAUUAACUAUAUUGAAAAAUUUUGGACAUUUUACAAUAAUAAGAGAUGA